UUGUGUUGUUUCCUCAUUCUAAAAAACAUGACAAUGUUGAAGCCAUUGGCAUUUCUCAUUCUCAUUGUUUGCACAACUUUUGUUGUAACUGAGUGCAGAACUAUCCAACCAAAUGAUGCCAAUCUGAUACAACAAACAUGCAAAAAGACACCAAAUUAUGCACUUUGCAUUCAGUACCUUAAUUCUGACCCUAAAGCUCCUUCAGCAGAUGUCACUGGUUUAGCACUAAUCAUGGUUAAUGUAAUGAAAAACAAAGCAAACAUUGCUAUAAACAAAAUCCAUCAACUUAUUGGAAAGAGUCCUCCUGAUCAAAAGGCCACACUCAAUUCAUGUGCUUCGAAAUACAAUGCAAUUGUGGUAGCUGAUAUUCCAUCAGCUAUUGAAGCUUUGCAAAAAGGAAACCCCAAAUUUGCAGAACAAGGUGCAAAUGAUGCUGCUAAUGAGGCCAAUAGCUGUGAGAAUGGUUUCUCAGGGAAAUCACCACUCACUGCUGAAAACAAUGCUAUGCAUGAUGUAUCUGUAAUAACAUCAGCUAUUGUUAGAUUAUUGCUGUAG